CAGAAGAAAACGGUGGAGCAUCGCCAGUCGGAAACUGUCCCCUGUUCCCCCUCCCCACCUUCACUCUCGGAACCGAGGCUUGAGUCGUGCUGCUGAUGAGCGUCGCUUGAGUCCCCGUGCGAGUCCUCUAUCAGCUGCUGUCUGGCGCCAUGGCGCAGGCGUGUGUGGGUCCUGCACUCCGUUCGUCGCUGUCAUCCUUGUCAUGCUGUACACAACGGGCAUUCACCCAAGCUGGUCGCACCUCUCUGUCGCUCCCGAACAUUACGAAAUCUGCUGUGGAAUCUCAAAGAAGAGCACGUCACUUGAGAGUUUGUGCGCAGGUCUCAUCUCCAAUUGCCGACUCGGUACCUGUAACAUCUCCAAGUGAUGGUGAAUCUUCUGCCCAAGCCUCAACUAUAAAAAAAAGGGUCGUCUCAGGCGUUCAACCUACAGGUGCAAUUCACUUGGGGAAUUAUCUAGGAGCCAUAAAAAACUGGGUUGCUCUACAGGAUGUGUACGAUACACUAUUCUUUGUCGUCGAUCUUCAUGCGAUAACUUUGCCCCAUGAGCCGAAGGAACUCAUAGAAGCAACAAAAAAAUCAGCAGCUCUUUACAUAGCAUGCGGAGUUGAUCCAUCCAAGGCAUCCAUCUUUGUACAGUCUCAUGUUCGAGCCCAUGCAGAACUGACAUGGCUUCUCAGUUGCGUUACACCCAUAAGCUGGCUCAACAAGAUGAUACAGUUCAAAGAAAAGGCUCGCAAAUCCGGCGAGGAUGUGGGGACUGGACUGCUAACUUACCCAUUAUUGAUGGCAUCUGAUAUUCUUCUUUACCAGUGUGAUCUUGUGCCGGUCGGAGAGGAUCAGCGACAACACCUUGAACUUACUCGUGAUGUUGCCGAUCGAGUCAAUAAUAUAUAUGGAGGCAAAAAAUGGAAGAAGCGUGGCGGGCCUGGAGGAAGGAUUUUCAAGGUCCCAGAUGCAUUGAUACCACCAGCUGGUGCACGAAUUAUGUCUUUGACCGAUGGAACAUCGAAGAUGUCCAAGUCGGCGCCGUCGGACCAGUCUCGAAUCAAUCUACUUGAUACACGUGAUGAAAUUGUCCGCAAAAUAACUCGGUGCAAGACAGAUUCGUUUACUGGUAUGGAGUUCGAUAAUCCCGACAGACCCGAGUGCACUAAUCUACUCGGUAUAUAUCAGCUCGUCAGCGGGAAGACAAAAGAGGAAGUUGCAGAGGAAGUAAAGGACAUGAACUGGGGCCAAUUUAAACCGUUGUUAGCAGAUGCACUUGUUGAACAUUUAACACCCAUUCAGAAGCGAUAUGGUGAAGUAGUAGCAGAACCUGCAUAUUUAGAUGGAAUACUAAAAGAAGGAGCGGAACGAGCCGAGGUCAUUGCCAACGCCACUCUGGAAAACAUUCAAAAUGCGAUGGGAUUCUUACCUCGCCAAAGAAGAUGAGUGCAAUAAUCAAAAUUCUCGUGCCCUCUAUAUUUGUAACACUCGCCCAUGUUUAUUAAAAAUUGCCAUAUUUUUGGGCCCUU